AUGGUCAUGGCUACCCCUAGUGUCCUCGCUUUUGACGCUGAGGGUCGAGCCAUUGACUUUGACGUCUGGGUAGAUCACCUGCAGCUGUUUUUACAGUGUGAUAGGGCAGACGGUCUCUCACUCUUUAACCUCACCUCUGGCGCCUCUCCUGCCCCUGCUGCUGAUGCCGACGCCACUGUUCGCUCCCAGUGGGCCACGCGCGACGCUGCUGCACGUCUUGCUGUGCGUCGCCACCUUCCUACCUCCGAGCGCGCGCACUUUAGUCAGUACAAGAGUGCUCAGACCUUGGGUGUUCCCCCUACCCCCUACUGCCCUCUGUUGCCUCUACUGCUGCGGCCGACCUCCUUGGUCUUGAGUCGGUCGGUGCGGCGUCUGCCCCUAGCGGGAGACGCCGCUCUGGCAAGGGCAAGGGGGGCAGGGGCGCUGGAGGGGCGAGCGGGGGCGUUGGAGGUGGAGGUGGAGGCGGCGGGGGGAGUGGGGGUGGCGUUGGGAGUGGUGGUGGGGAUGGAGGUGUCGGUGGCGGCAGUGGAGGCGGAGGCGGCGGCGGCGGUGGCGGUGGGAGCUGAGGUGGCGGAGGUGGCGGCGGUGGAGGAGGCGGCGGAAGCGGCGGUAGUAGCGGAGGCGGCGGAGGCGGCAGGGGUGGCGGUGGAGCUGGUCGCGGGUCUACGCAGAGGAGUGGCUCCGGUGCGGGGUGGGGGUUUUGGUCCGUGCACCUACGUCCUGCGCACCGGCGACCGUGCGGGUGAGCAGUGUGGGGGUGCGCACCCCACCCAGCGCUGCUUUGGUCGCCUGACGGACGCGUGGCGUCACCAGUUACCGGAGGCCAUAGAGAUCCCUCACUGGGGCGAGCUGUCAAGGGCGGGGGUUGCCAUCUAUGAUCUUGAUUUUGAUGGUAUUCUUUCUGCCAUGUAUGCUGUGUCUAUUAGUGAUGAUGGUGACUGUUACCGGUGUUUCCUGCCCGAUCCGGGCAUUGAGACUGCUGCUCUAGGUACAGGUGAGGCGGCUGCCCUAGGUGCGUGUGACGCUGCUGCUCUAGGUGCUAGUGCGUCUGCGUCCUCAGGUACUGGUGAGUCUGCGCUCUCAGGUACUACGUCGGCUUCGGCCUCUCUCACCUUCACCCUUGACUCUGGGGCUUCUCGCUCCUUCUUUCGGGACCGCACCACACUCACGCCGCUUAGGCGGCCGGUUGCGGUGUCUCUGGCUGACCCCUCUGGGGGUCCUGUCCUGACUCACUUCUCCACGGUCCUCCCGUGUCCGGCGGCUCCCUCUGGCACCCUGUCUGGUCUCUACCUCCCCUCGUUCUCUACGAACCUGGUGAGUGGUGCUGACUUACAGGAUGGGGGAGUACACCAGUUCACUCCUGCGCGUCAGCGGGUGACCCACUGCACAGAGGCUAGCACAGGCCGACACCUGGCUACGUUUACCCGUCAGCCGCGGUCGAGCCUGUACACACUGACCACUGCGUCUCCUCCAGUUAUUGAGUCUGGUAGGGUCACUACGUCGGGUCAGGUGUUUGCUGCAGCGUCCAGGUCUGGUCCUGAGUCUGCCCCCUGUUCGUGUCGUCUCCUGUCUCACGAGACUCUCCUCUGGCACCAUCGCCUUCGUCACCCCUCUCUGCUUCGGCUCAGAGGCAUGGCCUCCCGUCUUCUUGUUUCUGGUCUCCCUCGGUCCCUCCCUCCCCUUCCUCAGGGCCCUGGCCCUACCUGUGUCCCCUGUGUCGAGGGGCGCCAGCGGGCUGCCCCUCACUCCUCCCAGUUUCCUCCGACAGAGGCCCCAUUUCAGACGCUUCACAUGGACGUGUGGGGCCCAGCCUGCGUCCGUGGACAGGGUCACGAGCGCUACUUCCUACUCUUCCCCUUGCGCAGCAAGGGUGAUGUCACUGAGGUGCUGAUCGACUGGAUCCGCGCAACUCGUCUCAAGCUCAAGCAGAGCUUUGGCUCGGACUUUCCUGGUCUGCGUCUGCACUCGGACAGAGGCGGAGAGUUUUCUUCUGGCCUUCUGAGAGCCUACUGUCGCGCACGAGGAAUCGGUCAGACCUUCACGCUUCCGAACUCCCCGCAGCAAAAUGGGAUUGCUGAGCGCCGCAUUGGCAUGGUCAUGGACGUCGCUCGAACGUCUAUGAUGCAUGCGGCUGCUCCCCAUUUUCUGUGGCCGUUUGCGGUGCGGUACGCGGCGCAUCAGAUCAACCUACACCCCAGGGUCUCCAGGCCGGAGACCUUCCCAGCCUUGCUGUGGACCUGGAAGGUUGGCGAUGCGUCGGCGUUCCGGGUCUGGGGAUCUCGGGCGUUUGUCCGCGACUUGUCUGCGGACAAGCUGUCCCCUCGUGCUACUCCUUGCAUCUUCCUGGGGUUCCCCCCUGACGGGCCUGGGUGGCAGUUCUACCACCCCACCUCUCGCCGUGUUCUGUCCUCCCAGGACGUCACGUUUGACGAGUCGGUCCCCUACUACCGCCUCUUCCCCUACCGCACUCCGUCCCUCCCCCCGCCGCCGCUCUUCCUUGUACCAGGUCCCCCUCCGAUAGACCCCCUCCCCCCUCAGGGUCCGUCCCCUUCAGGUGUGUCCCAGGUAGACGCACUCGAGCCUAUCGAGGUCACUUGUGACUCUGGUGCUGCUGAGGGUGCUGAGCCUGGGGGUGCUGCGAUUGGGGGUGCUGAGCCUGAGGGUGCUGAGCCUAGGGGUGCUGAGCCUGGGGGUGCUGAGCCUGGGGGUGCUGAGUCUGAGGGCGCUGCGCCUGGGGGUGCUGAGCCUGGGGGUGCUGAGCCUGGGGGUGCUAAGCCUGGGGGUGCUGAGCUUGGAGGUGCUCCGCCUGGGGGUUCUCCGGGUGCUUCGUCUCUGCGGGAGCCACUCUCUCCACGGGAGCUGCGCGAGUGGUUUGCCCGGCGCUGGAGGCGUGCUGCUGGUGCUGGAGGUUCUUCGGCUACUGAGGGUGCUGCUGUCGCGGGUCCCGGAGGUGCUCGUACUGGGAGUACUGGAGCUGCUGGGCCUGCGGGUUCGACUGGAGCUGGUGCUGCUGAGGGUGUUGGAGCUGAGACUACUACUGGCGGUCCUGCUGCGGGUACUCUUGGUACUGCUGGAGGUUCUAGCGCUACUGGAGGUGCAGCUGGAGCAGGUGCUCCUGCUGGGGGUACUGGUGCUGUCCCUGCUGUGUCUGGCGUCGCCGCGCGGCCUCGACUGUACUUCGUUCCACUCCUGCAGCAGGUUCUUGGUCUUUCGCCUUCUACUGGUCCUCCUCCUUCUUUAGCGUGUCCACAGCCAGUCCCGUCACAGUUACAGUUGCAGCCUACCUCCUCUUUGCCUGCUCCUUCUCCCUACAAUGGUCCUACUAGAGGUCUUACAGAGCGUCGUAAUCCUGCGUCUCACCCUGCGUCGCCUGUCCGUGCUGCUCGUGCUAGUGGUUGUGGUUCGCGUCAGCGUCCUCCUCCUGUCCCUGGCACGCACAGGAUGUCUCUGCGUCCGUCCACUGCUCCUCUGCGUGCCCCUCUGCCUUGUCCUCCUGAGUCCUCUCUUCCUGCUUUUGCGGACCCGGAGUCGGACUCUCUUCGUGCUGCCAGUCCUACUGUCACGCGUCUCCUGGCUACUGUAGUCACUGACCCUUCCUUCGAGUCCACUGCUGCGUCUGCCUUAGUUGCUGAGGUCGUCGACUUUGCUGCUCGCUGUCGCCUAGACUAUGCUGCUAGUCUUGUCGCUGAGUCUGAGUCUGUCUGUCCUCCGUCCGUCGGGGGUGAGUGUGCCCUUGGCACGGACGUCCUUGAGGACAGACAGGAGGAGUUCCAGUGUCUGGCUGCUGCUUUACCUCAUCUCGUGUCCGCAGCUAUGGAUGCAGAGAUGGCUUCCUUGAAGUCCACAGGCACCUACGUUGACGCUGUCCCCACUCCUGGGGCGAACAUCGUCAGUGGCAUGUGGAUCUUCAGGGUGAAGCGGCCGUCGGGUUCUCCGCCUGUCUUCAAGACGCGUUACGUGGCUCGUGGCUUCAGUCAGCGGCAGGGAGUUGACUACUUUCAGACCUUCUCUCCCACCCCGAAGAUGACCACUCUUCGGGUACUGCUGCACGUUGCUGCUCACCGUGACUACGAGCUGCACUCUCUUGACUUCAGCACAGCUUUCUUGCAGGGCAGCCUGCACGAGGAGAUCUGGCUGCGCCGCCCACCUCGCUUCACUGGGUCUUUCCCUCCUGGUACCCAGUGGAGUCUCCGGCGUCCAGUCUACGGUCUCCGCCAGGCGCCAUGUGAGUGGCACGACACACUGAGGACUACGCUUGCGGCACUUGGGUUUGCUCCUUCUAUUGCCGACCCGUCGCUGUUUCUGCGCACGGACACCUCUCUGCCGCCGUUCUACAUUCUCGUGUACGUCGACGACUUGGUCUUUGCCACAGCUGACACUGCUGGACUCGCCUACGUGAAGUCCGAGCCGCAGAAGAGACACACGUGCACAGACCUGGGUGAACUGCGCAGCUACCUUGGCUUGCAGAUCACCCGGGACAGAGCACAGCGCACCAUUACUCUGACUCAGUCACACAUGGUGCAGCAGGUCCUUCAGCGCUUCGGCUUCACGUACUCCUCGCCUCAGGCCACUCCUCUGCCUACUCGCCACUCGCUCUCAGCUCUGCCUUCGGAUGAGUCCGUAGAGUCGAGUGGCCCGUAUCGAGAGCUUGUUGGCUGCCUCAUGUACCUGAUGACCUGCACACGACCUGACCUUGCAUACCCUCUUAGCAUUCUCGCACGGUAUGUUGCUUCUGGUAGACACCGACCAGAGCACAUGGCUGCAGCGAAGAGGGUGUUGCGCUACUUGUGCAGUACGUCAGGCAUGGGGCUAGUGCUUGGAGGGCGGAGUCCAGUGGUCCUCACUGGGCACGCGGACGCUUCUUGGGCUGACGACCAGGCUACGCAGCGGUCUUCACAGGGCUACACCUUCAGCCUUGGUUCCGGCUCUGUUUCGUGGUGGGCUACUCGCUUGUCUUCUGUUCUCGGCUCCAAUUGUGAGGCUGAGAUCUACGCCAGGGCCAUGGCUGCACAUGAGCUUCGCUGGCUCACCUACCUGCUGACCGACCUUGGAGAGUAG